UCCAAACAGUGUCAAGUCCCUGGCACCUGCCUCAGCUGCUGCCCAGGAGACUAACACGGGAACGCUCUGCACACGUGAAAGAGCUUUGACGCAAGCCUCUGAAAAGCAGUCCCCGAGGCCCCUCUCCUCCUUCUCCCUUUGCCUGUGUGGCAGGAACAACCAUGGCCUGGAGCUUCCGUGGCAAAGUCCAGCUUGGAGGACUGCUGCUCUCUCUCCUUGGCUGGGUCUGCUCAUGCGUCAGCACCGCCCUGCCCCAGUGGAAGACUCUCAAUCUGGAACUGAACGAGAUGGAGACCUGGAUCAUGGGGCUCUGGGAGGCCUGCGUGACUCAGGAGGAGGUCGCCACUGUGUGCAAGGCCUUUGAGUCCUUCCUGUCUCUGCCCCUGGAGCUCCAGGUAUCCCGCAUCCUCAUGGUAGCCUCCCACGUGCUGGGACUGCUGGGGCUUCUCCUCUCUGCCUGUGGGUUGGAAUGCUUCCAGUUUCACAAGAUGAAAUGGGUUUGCAAGAGGCAGCUUUGCCUUUUGGGAGGGACCUUGGAGGUAUCAGCUUCAGCCACCACCCUCUUUCCAGUCUCCUGGGUGGCCUACGGCACGAUCCGAGACUUCUGGGAUGACAGUGUGCCUGAGAUUGUGCCUCGGUGGGAGUUUGGAGAUGCCCUCUUCCUGGGCUGGGCUGCUGGGGUUGGCCUUGCUCUUGGUGGACUCCUCCUCAUCUUCUCAGCCUGCCUGGGGAAAGAAGAUGUGCCUUCUCCCUGGCUGGCUGGGCCUACAGCCCCUCCACUCUGUGCUCCCAUGCAGGACUCAGACGGCUCCUUCCACCUCACACCAAGACCUAGGAGCCUGGUCAUCUAGGACUGGCUCCUGUCAGGGGGUCUCUGGCCAAAGGAAGGUCAGCAGAGCCCUUCCUCUUCCUCACCCUCCAUCACUUCAUAUUUGUGGGCUUCAUUCUAGGGGUGGUGCUCACCCUCCAAUUUGUCAACUUUGGGAUGAAAAAUCAGAGAAAA